AUGGUCAAAGAUAAUGAUACCACUGUGACUAUCUUCAUUCUCACAGGAUUAACUGAUAGACAAGACCUGCAGCUUCCACUCUUUGCUGUUUUUUCUUUCAUUUAUGGGAUGACCUUGCUGGGCAAUCUAGGAAUGAUAUUGAUCAUUAGGUUUGAGCCACAACUGCACACCCCCAUGUACUUCCUUCUUAGCAGCUUGUCCUUCUUAGAUGUCUGCUAUUCUUCCACUGUUACUCCCAGUAUGCUGCUCAGCUUUUUAAUGGUGUCAAAGGGAGUGUCAUACAGUGGAUGCCUUAUACAGUAUGGCUUCUUUGCACUUUUUGCCACCACUGAGAUGUUUCUCCUGGCUGCAAUGGCAUAUGACCGCUACAUGGCCAUUUGUAACCCACUGCUCUACACCGUCAUUGUGACCAAAAAGGUCUGUGUACUGUUAAUAGCUGGGUCAUAUAUAGGGGGUGCUGUGAAUUCUCUGAUACAAACCCUUGGCUUGCUGAGACUGUCCUUUUGCAGCUCAAAUGUAAUUGAUCACUUUUUCUGUGAUCUCGUCCCUCUACUAAAGCUCUCUUGCAGUGACAUCCAGCUCAACAAGACCCUUGUUUCUGUAUUUGGCUCUUUAAUUGAGGCAACCACUCUUGCAAUCACUGUCAUUUCUUAUUCUUUCAUCAUUGUCACGGUGCUGAGAAUCCGCUCUGCCAAGGGCAGGCAAAAAACAUUUUCCACCUGUGCCUCUCACUUUACAUCUAUUUUCACAUUUCACGGCACAAUCCUACUUAUGUACUUCCGCCCCAGCUCCAACCACUCACUGGGCACUGACAAAAUUGUUUCUGUGUUCUACACUGUGGUCAUUCCUCUGCUCAACCCCUUGAUCUACAGCUUGAGAAACCAUGACGUGAAGUGCGCCAUACAGAAGCUGCUGAAGAGAAAGGUCUUUAUGUGCUGA